AUGGCGAGCGGCUCCGCGGCGAGCGUGUCUAUGCUUGGUUCCAUGCAGGAGCCUGAGCUGCCAGACGUGAUGGAGGCUCUCGAGUGCGCUGAAGAGCAAGCGCAGGUCGUGCCCAGGCGCCUCGGGAACAGGGUGCAGUUCGACAAGGCCUCAGCCGUCCUGAGCUGUGUGGAUGUAGCUGGUGCGCAUGGCUAUGUCAAGCAGGAGCUCCGCGACGACUUUGGCGAGAUUGCGAAGGCCGAGCCCUCCGUGGAGGAGCUGCAGCAGCUGGGACUUCCAGCCUCGGAGCCGAAGGGCGAUGACCUCACCGAGCAGGCGGUGGCGGCGAGGCUGGAGCUUGCUUCGUACAGCCAUGGCUUCUACAGCAAGAUCGUGAGCAUGAUGGCGCAUACGUCAGUCGUGCCGCUCGCCGUGCCCCAGACGCCUGAGGAGGACAUGGCCAUGCCAGUGAGCGCCGAGGGCACGGGUGAUGAGGCCGACGGCGACGGCGACCAGGACCGCGACCCUGGAGCCGAACAGCCAGGAGAAGAAGAGCCAAAGCAAGAGCCAGCAGACGACGGCGACAACGUAUUGGCGUUCCAGACGACUAAAGGUAUCAACGACCUCUCCGUCGCGGCCCCCCUCCCGCCAGGGGGUUGCUACGGGGCGUUUUGCAGGAUCAGGGGGACCAUCAACGAGUAUGUGGAGAAGUUGGCCGAUGAGACUUGGCACGAUCAGUUCGUGCUUGGCACCAUGCACGCCUUGCACAGGCGUCUCGCCAGACACAGUCCGAAUGUUGUGGGCAAAACUAAUUUCGACGUUCAAUUGGCUUUUCACCAGUUGGACAGUAGGUGUGAGAAAGGCGUGAUUGCCCUCUACAAGGAGGUCAAGAAUUGGCUGGAAAGUCAGGAGGAUGUCUUGUUGUACGAGACGCUGGAGCCAUUUGCGAGAUUACUCCCUUACCUGAUGAAGCAACAGGCCUGCAUUUCAGAGGAGAUCCGCAUCGCCUUGAUGUACGCCGUCUUCCAUCGGCUUGCGAAAGACUUGCAGUCUAUCCCUCGCGCCAUCGAGACCUUCGACGAAACCAUCUUCGAACCUCAUUUGAAGAACAGGGGCGCUGUUCCCCGCGUGGUGGAGGAGGCCACUGUCUCGGUCAAAACGGAGAAGAAGGGCCCUGUCGAAGCAGAGAGCGAUCGCGCUACGCCACCGUUCAAAAGGUCCAAGACCAGGGGGACUAAGCGAGCAACAUACGACAUCUAUGUGCGAGCACAUGUCAGCCAGACACCAGUCUUCUACUUUUCGUACAUGCCCUCGGAGGCCGUGGAGCAGUGGGUGCCCUCCGUGCCCGAGAAGGCCGUCGCCAACGCCGUGCAAGCUUACGACUUCAUGGUGGAGUACGAGUUGAUCGGCAAGCAGUGGGCCUUGAAGGAGAAGCUGAUCGCGACUGAUAUGGAGGACGAUACGUUCUCAGAGGCGCAUCCUUUGGGCAAGGCUUUCAUGGGGGCCAGCCGCGUGCACGUUCAGCGGUCCAUCGAGGACGAUACAGCGACAGGCCAAUUCGAUCGCGCAUCGAAGGCCUUCCAGGAGGAUUUCGCGGAGUCCUUCGAAGAUCUUGACGCAUGGGUUGCCAAGGUGCGAACAGAAUCACACCAGGUUGGCUACGCCAAUCUCAAUGCACUUCUCAACCGCAUGGGCCUCUUCUUCACCAGUGCGCACGGCUCGACCAAGGCGUGGUCCACGGCGGCGUGCCAUGCGAACCUGAAGUUCACUGCCGAGAACCUCAACAACUGCAUUGUAUUGCUGGAGGUCGGGAAGUACAUGCUCGUUGACAUCUUCUCGGGGCCCAUCAUCGACAUGCCCCCUGGUUUCGGUGACGCACACGUUUCUUUUUCCAUGGCCACUGUCGGUGAUGACGCGGCGACGGCCCAGGCAUUGGAUACCAACAAGCUGAAGGCCGACAUCGAGGAGUUCACAAGCACAGCGAAGCUGUUCGAGGAUAGCGUUGACGUCUUCAGGGCGCCCCUCAGCGACUUGCAUGCCAGGUGGAUGUGCUGCGCGAACAUGCUCCACAAGCGCGUGGGCGGCACGGUGUUUGAGCACAUUUGCGAGGACUUCUUCAACCCUGGUAGUUUCGAGAACGGGCUCAUUCGUAUGACUAGCGUUCUGAAGAACAUGGCGGGGUUCCCAAAGUUUUGCGCGAAGCUGGUGGAGAUGAGAAAGAUAGCUGCCCCGACACGGGAGACGCACGAGAAGUUCACGAAUGACAUCGUCCAGUUAGCAGGCAUGGUGAAUUUCAUGAAAGAGGAGGGUUUCGUGUUCGACGCCCCGAGCGCCGUGACUCGCAAGGAGAUCAUCGAGGGCACCAGUCGUACCUUCAAGGCGCUCGUCGAGGGUCCAGGCCCCGCGGGUUGA